GUUGCAAAACAAAACCCUAAAGGGGUUCUGCGUAAAAAAAUUCGCCGCCAGAAUGAUCUCUUUUCCCCCUUUUCUCUCAACCUUAACCUCCACCCUAUCUCACUUGUCUGCUUACUCUUUUAUCUGAUACUCUCUUCGGAGUUCCGUUUGUUUUUUUUUACCCUUCAAUCAUGGUACUGAGUUAUGCGGAAAUAUGUGGAUUUUUGUGCUUCCCAGUUGCGUGAUCGCAGAGGGCUCAGAUUUUUAGCAUAAAAGCAUGAACUUUAUCCGAGUUAGAUAAUCAAAGAUUGUAUUUUUAUGAGCUCAGAACGGGUUGAUUUUUGAGUUCUUUCAUGCAGGUCUUUAUUAGUUUUGAAUUUGGACUGCUUGGUUUUGGUUUUUUGUUUUCGGGAUUUUAGGGUUUGUUGGUCGUGGAAUGAUUAAUUGGUGUAUUCUUUUGAAGUCGUGAAUAUGUUAUCUGAAUUGGAUAGGAGGCCAAUGAAUGGUACCAACGAGAGCUCCUUCGAUGAUGAGUUGGAGAAGGAGAUAGGAUUUUUGCUUCGCGAACAGCGCCGGCAAGAAGCCGACGAUCUUGAAAAGGAACUGAGUUUGUAUAGAAGUGGGUCGGCGCCUCCAACUGUGGAGGGUUCAUUAAGUGCGGUGGGUGGGCUGUUUAACCACGGAGCAGGUGGUCUUGGCAGUGGCGCUAGCGGCGGUGCUCGAAACUCUACCUUUCAGGAGUUUGCCUGGAACAGAACUGGGAAUGGUUCUAUAUCGGAAGAGGAACUUAGGUCUGAUCCUGCUUACUUAUCUUACUAUUACUCCAAUGUGAAUCUCAACCCUAGGUUGCCUCCUCCUCUAUUGUCUAAGGAGGACUGGCGGUUUGCUCAAAGAUUACAAGGUGGGGGCUCUACAAUUGGGGAAAGGAGGACUGUUAACAAGAAUGAUACUGCCACUUCUGGGAGGUCACUCUUCUCAAUGCCUCCUGGGUUUAACUCUAAGAAGCAGGAAGCAGAGAAUGAAUCUGACAACUUACAGGGGGGUUCAGUUGAGUGGGGUGGUGAUGGACUGAUUGGUUUGCCUGGACUAGGACUGGGUAGUAAACAGAAGAGCAUUGCUGAGGUACUUCAGGAUGACUUCAACUGUACUCCUGCACUUGGACAUCAUUCACGCCCAGCUAGCCGUAAUGCUUAUGAUGAUAGUGGCGAUACCUUGGCUUCAGCUGAAACUGAACUUUCUAAUCUUCAUCACGACUAUUCAUCCUCAGAUCCUUUAAGGUCCGCAACAAAUGCUCAGGUUUCAUAUGCUGCUGCUUUAGGCUUGUCGAGGAGCACCACUCCUGAUCCUCAACACAUUGCCAGGGCUCCAAAUCCUUGUGUUACUCCUAUUGGUGCUGGAAGGGCCGUCACAUCAGAAAAAAGAAAUAUUAAUAGUCCAAACUCAUUCAAUGGUGUCCCCUCUCAUGCAAAUGAACCUGCAGAUCUGGUUGCUUCUUUAUCUAGCAUGAACCUCUCAAAUGGUGGUCAAAGUAAUGCAAAGAAACAUGCUUACUUGAAGAAAUCUGAAUCUGAAAAGCAGUAUCUUGCAUCCUCCAAUGGUAAGCAUAUGAAUUUACAGUAUGGUGACACUGGUCCUAACAACCCCAACGGGUCAAACAUUCAGUCAUCUGCCAUCCAAGCUGACCUUCGCAGAUCUUCUGUUUCUUCUGGUAGUUCAUACCACAAAGGGUCUCUGACAACUUCACUCUGUGGUGAAGGUGACUUGCUUUCUCAAUGUCCAAAUCUGGACAGUCCAAAUUCAUCUUUUUCAAAUUACAGUUUGAACGGCCAUUCAGCCAAUCAUCUAUCUACCCAACGUGGCAACUAUAAUUUGCCUCCUUUGUUUGAAAAUGCUGCUGCUGCAUCUGCUAUGGCUAUUCCUGCGAUGGACUCAAGAAUGUUUACUGGAUCAAAUCUGAAUUCUGCUUCUUUAGACCAGAACAUUGGUAGAAUGGAAAAUCAAAUGGCAGGCAGUGGUCUACAGGCACAAUAUAUGGAUCCAAUGUAUAUUCAAUACUUGCUACAGUUUGCUUCACAUAAUGAUCCUUCCAUGGACAGGAACUAUCUUGGUAAUUCAUAUACGGACUUGCUUCAGAAAGCCUAUGUUGGUAGUAUGCUAUCUCCUCAGAAAUCACAGUAUAAUGUUCCGCUAAGUAGCAAAAAUAUGGGUUCUGGCCAUCACGGAUACUAUGGUAAUCCUGGAUUUAGAGUUGGUUUGUCUUAUCCUGGAAGUCUGUUGACUAGUCCCGUCAUUCCAAACUCUCCUGUAGGACCUGGUAGUCCUAUCAGAUGCAGUGAUUAUAACAUGAGAGUUGGUGGGGGGAUGAGAAACUUUGGUGUGGGUGUGAUUGGACCUUGGAACUUGGAUAACAUGGAAAACAGCUUUGCAUCCUCUCUGCUUGAAGAGUUCAAGAGCAAUAAAACCAAAUGCUUUGAGCUAUCAGAGAUUGCUGGUCAUGUUGUCGAAUUCAGUGCGGAUCAGUAUGGCAGCCGGUUCAUUCAACAAAAACUUGAGACUGCCACAACUGAGGAGAUUAACAUGGUCUUCCAAGAAAUUAUUCCCCAGGCACUUACACUUAUGACAGAUGUCUUUGGUAAUUAUGUAAUCCAGAAGUUUUUUGAACAUGGAAUGCCAUCUCAGAGGAGAGAACUGGCUAGCAAGCUCUUUGGGCGUGUUUUAACACUGAGCCUCCAAAUGUAUGGUUGCCGAGUGAUACAGAAGGUAAUCGAGGUGGUUGAUGUGGACCAGAAGAUUAAAAUGGUCGAAGAGCUUGAUGGUCACGUCAUGCGCUGUGUACGUGAUCAGAAUGGGAAUCAUGUAAUCCAGAAGUGCAUUGAAUGUGUACCCGAGGAUCAUAUUCAAUUUAUCGUUUCAACAUUUUUUGGUCAAGUUGUGACUCUGUCCACUCAUCCAUACGGGUGUCGUGUUAUACAGAGAGUACUAGAACAUUGCAUGGAUCCAAACACCCAGAGUAAAAUGAUGGAGGAGAUUCUAGGAUCAGUAAGCAUGCUGGCACAAGAUCAGUAUGGUAAUUAUGUUAUACAGCAUGUACUGGAACAUGGAAAGCCGCACGAGCGUACUGCGAUUAUACGGGAACUAGCUGGGAAGAUUGUUCAGAUGAGCCAGCAGAAGUUUGCCUCCAAUGUUGUGGAGAAGUGUUUGACUUUUGGUGAUCCCAGUGAAAGACAGCUACUAGUGAAUGAGAUGCUUGGUACAACCGAUGAAAAUGAACCUCUUCAGGCGAUGAUGAAAGAUCAAUUUGCAAAUUACGUUGUACAGAAAGUUUUGGAAACUUGUAGCGAUCAGGAGCGCGAAUUGAUCCUUUCACGAAUAAAAGUGCAUUUGAAUGCAUUGAAGAAAUACACAUAUGGGAAGCAUAUUGUUGCUCGUGUCGAGAAGCUCGUUGCUGCUGGGGAAAGGAGGAUGGCCGCCCAGACCCCAAAUCCAGCUUAGACGUUAUAGGAAGAAAGAUGUACAGCUAACUGAGGCUAGUUUGAGCUACCUCUCUUCCUUUAAUUUGUCGAGUGUCUAGCACCGUAUCACAAGGAAAGGAAAGAUGAUGAUAUUAUAUAGACCGAUUGGAAAUAAAGUCGGCCCCCUGCCCUCGCACUAGAGAAGUGUACAUUGUGUAGUUUUAAGGUUUAUACAUAGAUGGAAGUAAAAGCCGAGGCUCUGAUGCAACGAUCCGAGGGCCGUGCAGAGGAAGUCAAUUUUCUACAGGGUGUAAAAAAUGAUGAUGAUAAAAAUGAAGUUGAGGUAGUUUAUGUAUCAAAACGUGACUGUACAAAUGGUUUCCUUGUGGAGAGUUUGAUGUUUUUACAAGUGUUUCUUUCAUGUACUGUAUUUACAAUUUUUCUUGUAUGUGGCUAGUUGCCUUCAUCUAUAAUCUAUUAUUCUGUUCCUUAAA